UUCUGGCUAGCUCGGCCCUCUACUUCGGUAUGGAAUCCCUCUCCUCAUUUAUUCAAGAACACCCAGAAUCAUCGGCAGCCAUAUUCUCCCUUUUAGGCUGUUUUGUUUCCUUAUUUAUACUUCUUAUUUUAAAAUUAGCUACCUUACUUUAUAAAUAUUUUUCUCGGCCCCAAUCCCCUCAAAUUGAUCAACCGAUAGAAAUGUCGGAAAUUAGAAAUAAUUUAGAAGAAUUAAUACUCCGUAGCGACCCUCCCCGCCCUCCUACCUCUCAAUAA